CUUUAAGCAAAUAAUGUCCUAAAUUAGCGACAAAGGACAGUGUCACAAACUCCAACGAGUGGUCCCCUAGUCUCUCUCUCUAUUAUGUUGAAAGGUAUGCGUGGAGGGGAGAGCUGUCCCUUCACUUUGAAUAAAACUAACCAGACCAGACCUUAUGGAAUUGAAUACUUCAAUGGGAUUACAUCAAAAGAACCAUCGCGUGGUUCUCCAACAGUUAACGUACGCAUGAAAAACUUAUGUGGUUGAAUAGCCUGAGACGUUUUCAUUUUCAGAGGGGUUGUUGAGUUUUAAAUUUGUGUUUGGUUUGAGAAAUGGCAAGUGGAUGGCACAUCUGGUCAGACCCAGAGGUGCAGCAGAAGAGGGACAUCGAAUUGGGGGUGUAGUGAGAGAGCCUUGGAUGGUAAGGCUGUUUGUGAGAAGCACAACCUCAAUUGGGUGCUGAGGAACAAGGGGGGGACGAUGCAGAAGGUUUCUGGUGAAAAUGGCGGUGGAGGGGAAGUGGGUGUCGACAGGAGGAAGAUAAAAAGGCGAAGGACUGAAGAAGAUUUGAAAAAUGAAGAUGUGGGUCUUGGAGGUGAUGGAGUUCAAGGGUGGUUUGGUGGUGGGAACGGUAAUGGUCUGACUGUUGGGGAAGAGAUUGCACGGCUGUUUGGUGAGGUCAGUGAUGGAAAUGGUUGUCUGGGUCUCGAUGAUGAAGGUAUGCAGCAGCUUUGGGCUUGUGGAGAUGGUGAAGCUGCGUGUGGAAAUGUUGAUCGAGUUCUUGGUGGUGGUGGUGAGGGAAGUCAAGGUGGGUAUGGUGAAGUCAUCGGUGGAAUUGGCGGUCUGGGUCUUGAUGGUGAAGCUGUUCAGCUAUGGGGCAGUGAAGAUGCUUGUGAAAAUGGCGGUGGGGUUCCUGUUGGCCAAGGAAUUCAUGUGGACGAGUUUGGUAAAACUGCAUGUGAAACAGAUGGCCUAAUUCUUGGCGGUGGUGAAGAAAUUCAAAAUGCGUAUGGUGAGGAUAUGAGUGAAAAAGGUGGUCUUGAUGAUGGUAAAUCUGUUCAGCUUUGGAACAGUGGAAUUGCUUCUCGGAACAGUACUGGGGUUCUUCGCGGUCAAGGAAUUCAGGCUGGUGGGUCAAUCGAGAAUGCUUUUAAAAAUGAUGGUCUGGGUUUUGAUAGUGAAGGAUUUCAAGACUUCUUUAGUAAGAACAAUGAUGAAAACCUUGUUGAUGGAAGAAUUCAAGCCCUUUUUGGUGAAGGUAGCGUUGGAAAUAGUGGUCUGAGUUUUGGUGGUGAAGGCAUCCAAUUUUGGUUCGGGGAAGUUGCGCGUACAACUCUUGAUGGUAAAGGAGUCCAGGGUCUUUUUGGUGAUGAUGCAUGUGGAAAUGGAGGUGAAGCAAUUCAAUGUGAGCCUAGUGAAAUUGGAGGUAGAAAUGGUGACAGACAAGAGGUGGUAGGGUUAAAAGGAAAGCGUGGCCGGGCAAAGGGAUCGAAGUAUAAGAAAACUGUUGCUGCUGAUGAUGAAGAGGGAAUUGAAAGGUUGGAAGGAGCUUCUGGUGAAAAUGGAGUCAGUGAUGAGGUUGUUAGGUCGAAGGCUAAGCAGGGUAGGCCAAAGGGUUCAAAGAAUAAAAAGAAAAGUCUUGAAAUGGACAAAAACCAUGGAACGCCCGGUAACAAUGUGGAUGGAAAUAGCAAUGAGCAAGGGACCCUUUGUCUGACAGCUUUAGAUAACGAGAGGCUAAUUCUUGUGGGCGAUAAAGAUACAGGAUCGGUUGUUGAAGUAGCCAUUUCUGGUAACGAACUUAGGAAUGAGAUUGUCGGGCAAAAAAAAAAGCGUGGUCGACCAAAGGGUUCAAAGAAUAAGAAAAAAAAUCUUUCGAGUCAAGGAAAUAAGGGAGUGCCAGGCGAAGUUGUUCGGCCUACUGGCUUAGAGUAUGAGAGGCGGACUCUAGUUGGAGAGGAAGAGAGGAAAUUGCCCUUUGAUGCAACUCGUAGUGAAGGUGGGAAUGAGAUUACCCAUCCAAAGGAUAAGCGUGGCCGACCAAAGGGUUCAAAGAACAAGAAGGAAAGUUCUUCAGGUCAAGAAAAUCAAGGAAUGCCUGGGGAUAUUGCGGUUGUCAAUGAUGGUGGUGAAAAAACUGUUUGCCCAACCAGUGUGGAGAAUGGGAAGCUUAAUUUUGUAGGUCAGGAAGAUAGGGGAUUGCCUAUCGAUGAUGUUGAAGGUGGGAAUGGGAUUGUCUGGCCAAAGGAUAAGCGUGAACUACCAAAGAGUUCAAAGGAUAAGAAGAAAAAUUCAGCAGGUCAAGAAAAUGGAGUACCUACAGAUAUUAAUGGUGGUGAUAAAACUCUUUGGCCAAUGGCAGUGGAGUACGAGAGGCUGCGAAUUGGUGAUGAAGGUGGAAAUGAGAUUGUUCGGCAAACAAACGAGCAUGGUGGACCAAAGGGUUCAAAAAAGAUGAACAACACAGCAGGUCAAGAAAAUGAAGAAAUGGCCGCCAAAAUUGUGGCUGUUAAUGAUGGCUAUGAUAAAUCUGUUUGGCCAACGGAAUUGGAGAAUGAGAGGCAAGCUUUUCUAGGUAAGGAAGAUAGGGGAUUGCCUUCGAAAGCCACUAAUGACAAUAAAGGUGGAAAUGAGAUUGUUGGGCCAAAGAAUAAGCGUGGUCGACCGAAGGGUUCAAAGAAUAAGCAGAAAAAUCUUAUUGGUAAAGAAAAUCAGGGAAUGCCCUGCAAACUCAUGGGCAGAAAUGAUGGUAGUGGUGUUGAAACUUUUUGGCCAAUGUGGUCUGAGAAUGAGAGGCCUACUCUUGUAAGUGAAGAAGAUCAGGAGAUGCUGGUUGAAGCGGGUGGUAAUGGGAGUGCAGAUAAGAUUAUCCAGCCAAAAGAUAGUCGCAAGGGUUCAAAGGACAGCCAAGGCCAACCCGAGGGUUCAAAGCCUAAGAGAGUUAUUCUUGUUGGUGAAGCUUUGAAUAAGAUACUAGCACAGAGACAUCAAGAUUGCACAUUUCUUUCCAAGCUAGUUCCAGUUGAGCAAUUGAGGUAUUCUGGUGAAAUAGAUCUCGAAUCUAACGAGUUGACAUCUGAAUCCGGCAAAGUUUGGAAAAGACCUAGAGGGAGGCCCCGGAAGUUCAACCACCAACAGAGUGACUUUGACGGCAUUAAAGUUUGGAAAAGACCUAGAGGGAGGCCCCGGAAGUUCAACCACCAACAGAGUAAUUUUGACGGCAUUAAAGUUUGGAAAAGACCUAGAGGGAGGCCCCGGAAGUUCAACCACCAACAGAGUAAUUUUGACGGCAUUAGGGAGGGAAGAUCAACUUCAAAUGGAUUGGAAAAUACGGGUUUAUCAGGUGAUACUAGCAAGAGAAGUCAAAGGAGUUUAAUGUGUCAUCAGUGCUGGAGAAAUGAUAGAAGUGAAAUUGUUGUUUGUUCCAAUUGCAGAAAGAAACGCUAUUGCUACAACUGCCUUGCAAAGUGGUACCCAGAGAAAACAAGAGAGGAUGUGGCGAUUGAAUGUCCAUUUUGUCGUGGUAAUUGCAAUUGCAGAGUAUGCCUCAAGGAGGAUUUAAAUGUGAUGGUUGGACAUGAACAAGAAGAUUUGGAUAUCAAUGUCAAAUUGCAAAAGUUGCUUUACUUGCUAUGUAAAACUCUGCCUCUCCUCAGGCAUAUUCAACAGGAGCAGAGCUCUGAAUUAGAGGCCGAAGCCAGCAUACGUGGUGUCAAAGUCGUGGAAGAGGAUAUUUCAAGAUCUGUACUUGACGAUGAUGAUAGAGUAUACUGUGACAAUUGCAAUACAUCCAUUGUUAAUUUCCACCGAAGCUGCUCCAAUCCUGAUUGUUCUUAUGAUCUCUGUCUCACUUGUUGCCGAGAACUAAGAACUGGAUUGCAGCGUGGAGGUGAUGAAGUGGAAUCUUCCCACCAACAGCUUUUUGAAGGACUAAGCGGUCAAAAUACAGAACUGAAUGUUCAGACUGCAAAUGAGAAGACAUAUGAUUGGGAGAGCCAUGUGGCCCUUCCUGUGAAUGAGGGCAUAGCUGGCAUGCCAUGUAACUUUCCUAAUUGGAAAGCAGAGGCUGAUGGUAGGAUUCCAUGCCCUCCAAAAGUGCGAGGAGGUUGUGGUAGUGAGAUGCUUGCACUGAGACGUAUAUUUGAAGCUAAUUGGGUUGACGAUUUGAUUAAGAGUGCAGAGGACCUCAUUUUCAAGUAUCAACCACCAGAUAAUGAUUUUUCUCAAGGAUGUUCUUUGUGUCAUCCUAUAAACAUUGCAGGAAAUGCAACAAGAGAUUCAGAAGUAAGGCGAGCAGCUUAUAGGGAGAGCAGUCAUGAUAACUUGCUCUAUUGCCCAAAUGCUGUUCACUUGGGGGACAAUGAGUUUGAACAUUUUCAAAUGCAUUGGAUGCGAGGUGAACCUGUCAUAGUUAGAAAUGUCCUGGAAAAGACUUCUGGUCUUAGUUGGGAACCAAUGGUCAUGGGGAGGGCUUUUGUUGGGGCAAAAAAAAUACUGAAAGAGGAGGUAGCCAGGUUUAAAGCCAUUGAUUGCUUACAUUGGUGUGAGGUUGAGAUUAAUAUCUUCCAGUUCUUCAAGGGCUAUCUACAGGGCCGUAGUUAUAGGAAUGGGUGGCCAGCAAUGUUGAAGCUGAAGGAUUGGCCUGCAUCAAAUUCUUUUGAGGAGUGUCUGCCAAGACAUGGUGCUGAAUUUGUUGCCAUGCUUCCCUUUAGCGACUAUACCAAUCCUCGGUCUGGUCUUCUGAAUCUAGCCACCAAGCUUCCUGUUGUUUUGAAGCCAGACCUGGGACCCAAAACAUAUGUUGCUUAUGGAUCUUUGGAAGAGCUUGGUAGAGGUGAUUCGGUGACAAAAUUACAUUGUGACAUUUCUGAUGCGGUUAAUGUACUGACCCACACAAAUGAAGUAAAGAUUCCUCCAGGCCAACAAAAAGUCAUAAACAAAUUGAAAAAGAAAUAUGAAGCUGAAGAUUUCCAUAAGCUUUAUGGUGGGACUCAUAAGUUUCCAAGGACAUCUAAAAGAAAGCCACCAAAAAGAUCUUGCAAAGAUAAAAGAAUGGCUCAUAAAUAUCCUCAAAAAGCAGACAUUACCAAGAGUGACUCUGCGUUACUGGAAAGGCUAAUUGCAGAGGAAGGAACACUGGAUGAACGACAAAAUAAAUCCUUGGAUUUGUGUGAAUUAGGAUCAGAUAGAGCUUGGGCUUGUGGCAGUCCUUCUCCAGAAAGUCAAGAGGUUGUUAAGUCUGAUGGCAAGUUAGUGGGAGAUUGUAAUAAAAUGGUUCAGAAAUUGGAUCUUCAUAUGCGUGAUUCGAGCUCUUCUUUUCUGGGAAGGAAUUUUGAGAGGUCAUGUGAUAUGGUUAAGAAAGAGGUUGACUUGAUAAGAUGCUCAUCACCAUGUAAUGAACUUGCAAAAGAUGGAACAUUUGAAAGAGAUUCAUGUGAUCUAAAUCAUUUUCAGCCUCCUAAUAUAACAGCUGAACUAAAGUCUGUCAGCGGGAAAGAUUCUUCAGGUGAAACAGUUUUAGGCAAUGUAAUUAACGACUUAGAAUCAACCCAAUUGAAUGCAAAUUCGGCUAGAGAUUCCCUUCAGAACAAUGAUAUCUCGGAGGUUGUAUAUGGAGGAGCUGUUUGGGACAUUUUUCGUCGGCAGGACGUGCCCAUGUUAAUGGAGUACCUACAGAAGCAUCAGAAAGAAUUCUGCCACAUCAAUAAUCUUCCUGUGAAUUCUGUUAUUCAUCCUAUUCACGACCAGACCUUUUAUCUAAAUCAGAGGCAUAAAAAGCAGCUGAAGAAAGAGUUCGGUGUUGAACCAUGGACAUUUGAGCAACACCUCGGUGAGGCUGUGUUCAUUCCUGCAGGAUGUCCUCAUCAAGUGAGAAAUAGACAGUCAUGCAUCAAAGUGGCCCUCGACUUUGUUUCCCCUGAGAAUGUUCAAGAAUGCAUUCGGUUGACAGAGGAGUUUCGUCUGCUACCAAAAGACCAUAGAUCUAAGGAAGAUAAAUUGGAGGUAAAGAAAAUGGCAGUAUAUGCUGUUUGUGUUGCUGUUAGUGAAGCUAAAAACCUGACGUCAAAAAUUGUUUCUUCAAAUGAAGACAAGAAAGCUUAGGAGCAGCCAUUUUAAUUGAUGGCUCCCGUUAGAAAAGGAAAAAGGACUUAACUGUUAGAGAAAGUAGUUGCUGUUCAGUGAUGUUGCACAUCUUAAGAGACAUUUGUGUUGAGAAUGGUUAGUGACCAUCAGUGAUGUUUUCCUACCUCAAAACCCUGGACUGUACAGAGCAAGUUUUUUGUUUAUUGUACUGGGUUUUCAUGUUAACAAUCCAUGCUUUACUCUUGUAAAGAACUACAUUUUGUCAAUGAGCUAAUGGGAUUAUUAUGAAUGCCAUAUGGAUGUUUGAGCUUAGAGCAGCCUCUA